GCUGAGGUCCCGGGCAGCCUUCCCACAAUGCUGGAACUGGGCUCCUAUCCGGCCGGCUCUCAGUCUCUGACAGGGGACCACAAUGCUUUAGGGCUACCUAGAGUGCCAGGAGGGCCAGAUUGUACAGUGGGGGGUGUGGGCAUGGGGGCGAUUCGUGGUAGCAGUACCCCGAGACACCAUAUCCUCCACCCGUCCCCAUCAGACUGUGAGGGCUGGCAGAAGCAUCGUGCUGGACUGGACAGAGGGUCAAAUCUGUAUUCUGAGUCCCACUCUCUCCUGGAGCCCCAAAGUCUCUCAACCAGCUAUGACACACUUUACCUUCCACAUAUGUCUGGACACGCUCCCCCGCUGCACCCAAACCGUCUGGGCCUCUGUCUUGAUGUGGCCUCGACUUUUGACGUUGGAGGGGGGAUGCUGGGGGUGGAUGGAGAUUUGGCGGUGAGUCCCAAUGUGAACAAGAGACGUCGGGGCGGCCUGAUCGAGCAGAGGGACAUUGUAAAAGCCCACCAGGCUCAUAAGAUCCACAGCACACCACAGGCACGACGCAAGGAGUGGGAAAUGGCCAGAUUUGGAGACGACGUUCCGGGCUUGUUGAGCUCAGGGGAUGGAGGGUCCGAGCGCAACCGGAACCGCGAUGGCGCGGCGAUGUCCACAGGUGGCAUCUCCCCAGCCUUCAAGCAGACCAAAGCGCAGCGCGCCCGCACCAUGGCCUUGUACAACCCCAUCCCGGUCAGGGAGAACUGCUUCACCGUCAACAGGUCCCUGUUCAUCUUUGGCGAGGACAACGUGGUCAGGAAGUACGCCAAAAAAAUCAUUGAGUGGCCUCCAUUCGAGUACAUGAUCCUCGCCACCAUAAUCGCCAACUGUAUCGUCCUGGCUCUGGAGCAGCACCUCCCUGGAGAGGACAAAACACCCAUGUCCAAGAGAUUGGAGAAGACAGAGCCCUACUUCAUCGGGAUGUUCUGUUUUGAGGCCGGAAUAAAGAUCAUCGCCCUGGGCUUUGUAUUUCAUAAAGGUUCCUACCUUAGGAAUGGAUGGAACGUCAUGGACUUCAUCGUGGUUCUCAGUGGGAUCCUGGCUGCAGCGGGGGCACAUAUGAACAUCUCAGUGGACCUGAGGACGCUGAGGGCGGUGCGAGUGCUUCGACCCCUCAAGCUGGUUUCAGGCAUCCCCAGUCUGCAGAUUGUCCUGAAGUCAAUAAUGAAGGCCAUGGUCCCUCUGCUGCAGAUCGGCCUGCUUCUGUUUUUUGCCAUACUCAUGUUCGCCAUCAUCGGCCUGGAGUUUUACAGCGGCAAACUGCACUACACCUGCAAACCACAGCCUGGGAUACUGGGAAACGAGACAGUGGACUCCUCUGAGUACGAGUUCCCGUGUGGUGUGCGUCAGUGUCCGUCCAAAUACGCCUGCCACGGCACCUGGAUCGGCCCCAAUGACGGCAUCACCCAGUUUGACAACAUCCUGUUCGCCGUCCUCACUGUCUUCCAGUGCAUCACCAUGGAGGGAUGGACCACUGUCCUCUACAAUACUGACGAUGCCUUGGGCCCCAGCUGGAACUGGAUCUACUUCGUCCCUCUCAUCAUCAUCGGCUCUUUUUUUGUCCUUAACCUGGUGCUAGGAGUCCUCUCUGGGGAAUUUGCCAAGGAGAGAGAGCGGGUGGAAAACCGCAGGGCCUUCAUGAAACUGAGACGCCAGCAGCAGAUUGAGAGAGAGCUCAAUGGUUACCGGGCCUGGAUCGACAGAGCAGAGGAGGUGAUGCUUGCGGAGGAGAAUAAGAAUAAAGGACCCUCUGCUCUCGAUGCUCUCAGGAGUCUCCCAGAGUGGAGUACAGGUGGUGCCUAUGUGCUGAAGAGAGCCACCACCAUAAAGAGGAGAGGCUUGGAUGUGGGGCAUCGAGGGCAACCAGGAGAAGAGCAAUAUGGUGACAUCUCCUCUGUGGGCGUCCCCAUGGCCAGGCCCAGUAUCAGGAGCGUCAAGCGAGGUCCGACAGCCUAUUUUCGGAGGAAGGAGCGUCUCCUUCGCAUCUCCAUCCGCCGCGUGGUGAAGACACACACUUUCUAUUGGACGGUGCUUGGCCUAGUGGCCCUCAACACAAUUUGUGUGGCUAUAGUUCACCACAACCAACCUCUCUGGCUGUCCACCUUCCUCUACUAUGCAGAGUUCCUGUUCCUCGCUCUGUUCCUGACUGAGAUGUUCCUGAAGAUGUACAGCCUGGGACCACGUCUCUACUUCCACUCCUCCUUUAAUCGCUUUGACUGCAGCGUAAUUGUUGGCAGCAUCUUUGAGGUGCUCUGGGGUUUCUUCAGGCCUGGAACUUCAUUCGGCAUCAGUGUCCUGCGUGCUCUCCGUCUGCUGAGGAUCUUCAAGAUCACCAAGUAUUGGGCGUCUCUGAGAAACCUGGUGGUCUCUCUGAUGAACUCCAUGAAGUCCAUCAUCUCCCUCAUUUUCCUUCUCUUCCUCUUCAUCCUUGUAUUUGCGCUCCUGGGCAUGCAGCUCUUCGGUGGCAGGUUCAUCUUUGAGGACUACACCCCGACGAACUUCGACACCUUUCCCGCCGCCAUCAUGACCGUCUUUCAGAUCCUGACUGGAGAGGACUGGAACGAGGUUAUGUACAACGGUAUUCGCUCUCAAGGAGGAGUGAAGUCUGGCAUGUGGUCCUCCAUCUACUUUAUUGUGCUCACUUUGUUUGGAAACUACACUCUGCUGAAUGUCUUCUUGGCCAUCGCUGUCGAUAAUCUUGCCAAUGCACAAGAACUCACCAAGGAUGAAGAGGAAGCAGAGAGAGCGUUCAACCAGAAGCACGCUCUCCAGAAAGCCAAGGAGGUCGGGCCGUUGUCCUCCUUUAUGUCCUCAGACGGAAGCCGUAGGAGGCGGCCCUACCUGUACAGGAAAAGAGCAAUCCACCGCAGCCGCCCCACCUACUCCUGCUCCCUGGAGGAGGCGCAGGGCAGCAUCAGGGAGGGCCGCCCACCCCCACCACUCAAUCCCUCUAACUCUUUCAUGUCCAGGGGAGAGAGGAGAAAAAGGAUGACCAUGUCAGUUUGGGAGCAGAGGACCAGUCAGCUGCGGAGACACCGGCAGAUGUCCAGCCGAGAGAUCCUGUUCACCAGCCCCAGCGAGGAGAAGGACGGGCCUCCGGCCUCAGCCCAGGCCCAGCCAGGACACCCACUGUCGCUGCACCGCAAGGCCAUGCAGAACACGCCGUCUGGCAGUUUGAAACGCCCGGCCGAUCCCUUAGGAUCACCGGCAAAGAACCAGGAUUCCCCCAUGUCUGUGGAUAAGCCUCUGGGCGCCGUCCUUGCUAGUGACAUAUCUGAACCCCCCAUUACCGUCCCUGAGUCACUGGACCCCACAAAUGAGCCUCUGCCUGAGGCGUCUGUGACUUUGACCAUACAAGAGCCUUCAGAAUCAGAGACCGUCUCUGAGAGUAAAACACUGGGUGUUAAUCAGGCUCACAACAGCAUCAGUGAGCGCAGGAGCCCCAGAUUGAACGGUGAUCGCCAGCACAGGGCGGUGAAGAAGUUCAGACCACCAGAUAACAUUGACAUGCUGACUCCUGAGAUGGAAGGUCUUAGUGGGAUCAGGGCCAGGAGGGCAGCGCAUCAUUGUGACCGUAAGAGUGGAGCCAAAAGUCAGGUGUCAUCUCCCGAGAACGAAGGCCAUUUGGCAAGUCGCUCGGUCAGCAGAGAGAGAAAGAGAAACCCCGGGAAAGUAGAAGAGAAGGAGGUGGAGACCAAACAGGAGGAGGUGGUGUCCGAACCUGAGGAGAGCAGACAGGUUGAAGGGGAAGAAGGAGACAUAAACCCACCAGUUGACCAGCAGAGCAACACCAGUGACCCCUGUCCUCCGAAGCAAGACGUGCUUCUCCAGCAAUCAGACCCUUCCCCCCCGGCCAAACCAGAGGACGACAAAGAAGAGAAGGAGGCGGAGCAGGAAGAGGACAAAUCUCAGCUCAGCUCCAGUGUCGUCCUCGAGAUGCCCAGUGCAACUUCAUGCAUGGAGCUCUCUACAAUCACAGUGAACAGCAAGGAUCCUGAAAUCUGUAAGUCAGAGAAGGAGGAGGCCGAGGCCACAAAUCCUGUCAACACUGUGACGCCAAACAGCAUGUUCAUCUUCAAACCUGACAACCCGGUGCGUCGAGCAUGUCACUACGUGGUGAACCUCAGGUACUUUGAAAUGUCCAUCCUGCUGGUUAUAGCUGCCAGUAGUAUAGCUCUGGCUGCUGAGGACCCUGUGGCUACCUCCUCUGACUGGAAUAAGGUCCUGCGUUAUUUUGAUUAUGUUUUUACUGGAGUCUUCACAUUUGAAAUGAUAAUUAAGAUGAUCGACCAGGGUCUGAUCCUCCAUGACGGCUCCUACUUCAGAGAUCUGUGGAACAUCCUGGACUUCAUCGUCGUGGUGGGAGCACUGGUGGCGUUCGCCCUCACCAAUGUGUUGGGAAACAACAAAGGACGGGACAUUAAAACCAUCAAAUCUCUGCGAGUGUUGCGUGUCCUCAGACCACUGAAGACCAUCAAGAGACUCCCCAAGCUCAAGGCGGUCUUUGACUGCGUGGUGACGUCUCUGAAGAACGUCUUCAACAUUCUCAUUGUCUACAAACUCUUUAUGUUCAUCUUUGCCGUCAUCGCUGUGCAGCUCUUUAAAGGGAAGUUUUUCUACUGUACUGACAGUUCGAAGGACACGGAGAAGGACUGCCAGGGUUACUACAUCGACUACGGGAAGGACAAGAAGGAGGUGAAGAGAAGAGACUGGAAGAGACACGAGUUUCACUACGACAACGUCAUCUGGGCUCUGCUCACCCUCUUCACUGUUUCCACUGGAGAGGGAUGGCCUCAGGUCCUGCAGCAUUCAGUGGACGUGACCGAGGAGGACAGAGGGCCAAGCCACGGCAACAGGAUGGAGAUGUCAAUCUUCUACGUCAUUUACUUUGUCGUCUUCCCUUUCUUCUUCGUCAACAUCUUCGUGGCUCUCAUCAUCAUCACCUUCCAGGAGCAGGGGGAUAAGAUGAUGGAGGAGUGCAGCCUGGAGAAGAACGAGAGGGCGUGCAUCGACUUUGCAAUCAGUGCCAAGCCCCUGACCCGUUACAUGCCGCAGAACCGUCACACGUUCCAGUACCGUCUCUGGCAUUUUGUGGUGUCCCCCUCCUUUGAGUACACUGUCCUGGCCAUGAUCGCGCUCAACACCAUUGUGCUGAUGAUGAAGUAUUACUCUGCACCGCCGGCGUACGAGGCCGUGCUGAAGCACCUGAACACAGCCUUCACUGUUCUCUUCUCUGUCGAGUGUGUCCUCAAGAUCAUGGCUUUCGGCUUUCUGAACUACUUUCGAGACACGUGGAACAUCUUUGACUUUAUCACCGUCUUGGGCAGCAUCACUGAGAUUGUGGUUGACCUGCAGUCUAUUGACACGUUCAACAUGAGUUUCCUGAAGCUGUUCCGAGCUGCUCGUCUGAUCAAGCUGCUGAGACAAGGCUACACCAUCCGGAUUCUUCUGUGGACCUUCGUCCAGUCCUUCAAAGCCCUGCCCUACGUCUGCCUGCUCAUCGCCAUGCUCUUCUUCAUCUACGCCAUAAUUGGCAUGCAGGUGUUUGGGAACAUCAAGCUGAACGAGGAGACUCACAUCAACCAGCACAACAACUUCAAGUCCUUCAGUUGUGCUCUGAUGCUGCUCUUCAGGAGUGCCACAGGGGAAUCAUGGCAGGAGAUCAUGUUGUCGUGUCUGGGGGGGCAGCAGUGCGAGACGGACCCUUCUCUCACGUCAGAGCAGGAGGGAGGCUGCGGCUCGGACUUUGCCUAUUUCUACUUUGUCUCCUUUAUCUUCUUCAGUUCCUUCCUGAUGCUGAACCUCUUUGUGGCUGUGAUCAUGGAUAACUUUGAGUAUCUGACCAGAGACUCGUCCAUCCUGGGCCCUCACCACCUGGAUGAGUUUGUCCGGAUCUGGGGGGAGUAUGAUCGUGCUGCCUGUGGUAGGAUGCACUAUAAGGAGAUGUACAAAGUUGUACGCACUAUCUCACCUCCCCUGGGCUUUGGAAAGAACUGCCCCCACAGGGUGGCGUGCAAGAGACUCGUCCUAAUGAACAUGCCUGUGGACGAUGACAUGUCCGUCCACUUCACCUCCACCCUCAUGGCCCUCAUCCGCACCGCGCUGGAAGUCAAGAUAGCCAGAGGUGGAGAGGACAGAAACCAGAUGGACCUGGACCUGCAGAAGGAGAUCAGCGUCAUCUGGCCUCAUCUCGCUCAGAAGUCGCUGGACCUGCUGGUUCCCAUUCACAAAGCCAGUGACAUGACCAUAGGGAAGAUCUAUGCUGCCAUGAUGAUCAUGGACUACUACAAGCAGAGCAAGGCCAAGAAGCUCCGACAGCAACUGGAGGAGCAGAAACACGCUCCUAUGUUCCAGCGUAUGGAUGCUUCCUCUCUGCCUCAAGAAAUCCUAUGCAAUGCUAAAUCCCUUUCAUUUCUUCAACACGGUGCCGGAUCUGCUCUCAGAGGAGGUUUUGUGACGCUCAGCCCCAUGUCCCCCCAUGAGAUGUUCCUGCAGCCGCUGUCUCGUUCUCGGGACGAGAAGGAGGAGGAGGAGGGCGACGACGACUACCGUUCACCCUACCUCCCUUACCUACACCCACAUCAUCACCACCACCACCAUUUACACACACUGGUGCAGGACGUAGUGGAGUAUAACCAAGUGAUACAGCAGGCCAGGCAGGACCCAACAGUUGUUAAAUCACCUCAGCGAACAGCAUCGAUCAGAGCGUCCUCCAUGCCCAGACUGGCUGUUGAUCCGCAGCCUGGCUUGUCAGCAGACAGUAAGCUGAUGAAGCGCUCCUUCUCCACCAUCGGAGACCAGUGUGUGAACGGCCUCUGGCAGGAACAACACUCUCUGGAGAGAGUCAGUCCUGACGACACAUACCGACCCCGACAGAGGAGCUACAGAGGUGCAAGAGUCAACCACAGAGAAGCAAGUAGUCACGAGAGAGGGAGAUCUAAGGAACGGCGCCACCUACUGUCCCCAGACGUGUCCCGCUGCAACUCUGAGGAGCGGAGCCAGGACGCCUCGUGUGAGAGGAGACGGUCCCGCUCACCCAGCGAAGGACGCGCACAGAGACAGGUCAACACCUCAGGCAGCCCUGCCCAUUCAGCCUCAGAGUCCAGCACUCCACGUAAUCGACGGCAGCUGCCCCAGACGCCCUCUCGCCCGCGGCCUUACAUCUCCUAUUCUCCUCUGGUUUGCCCAGCACAGACCUCUCCCAAACCAGCAAACCCCUCUGAGGGACAGACCCAGGCUCAGGACGGCCCUGUUGGCUCCGCAGAGCCCUCGUGGAAGGCCGACAAGGAGGCCGGGCCCCCCGCUGCGAAUCAGGGGUCAUCCGGAGGUCAGGUGUUAGCACAGAGUCACCCAUCUCCUCACCGCUACAUCUCAGAGCCCUACCUCCCGUACCACGCGGACCUCGGCAGUGGCGAGGCGGGCGACAGGCAGCAUACCCUUACCUUUGAGACUGCCAUGGCGACCAGCCUGGGACGGGCCAACGCUAUAAGCUCCGCCCCUCAGCUUAGACACUCGUGGCAGGUUCCUAACGGGCAUUUCCGCAAGCCCUUGGGCAAUACGAGUCCGGCUGGAGCCAGCGAGUUGCUAAGUGACACGGACGAGGACGACCGCUGCUAA